AAGAGAGAGGAGAAGAGAAACCAUAAACCACACCCAUCUCGCUAGAAAAAACUGCUCUUCUGCUCUUCUUCAUCUUCUCUCGCGAAGGUCCUUCAAUGGAGUUCCAAUCCCAAUCUUGAGCAGACUAGAUAGGUUUCAUCGCCUCUCGGUGAUGCUUGGGGUUCUGCGAGCACGACCCAAGUCUUGGAUCUUCUCCACACUCUCUCUACUUCACCCUAUCGUUAAUCCACGGAUUGUCGCAAGCCCAAUUUCAUUUGUAAGCGGUGGGGAUCUCAGUCGGCGGUACAAUCACUCCACGGAGUGCCGCCUGAGGAGUGUCGAUGAUGGAGCCAGAGCUGCUGCCGGAGCUGCAUCUAUAUGGCACGCAAUUCUCCCCUCCGGUGGUGGGGAUCGGAGGAAGUUCGAUCAUUUCAAGCUAGGGAUUCACCAUGAGCAGAAAGGAGAGGGGUCUUGGAAUGUAGCUUUGGAUGUACGACCUGCCAGAUGGUUGUAUCGCUCCGACUCUGCUUGGCUGCUCUUUGGAGUCUGUCCUUGUCUUUCGUCGUCUUCGGAUUGUUGUGGAGGGAAUUUGUGGGCAGCUGUUGAAGAGAGUGUUGUUGCUACCGAUGAAAUAAGGUUGGAAUCGAUUGACAAGUGCUCAGUUGAUUCUGAUAAUCAAAGGGUCAUAGGUGCUUUUUCUGCUGAUUCUAAUGGUCACAGUGUCACAGAUGCAUUCUCUGCUGAUUCUGAUGGUUAUAGGGUUACAGGGGUGAAUGCUGAUGGUCGAUGCUUGUUUAGAGCUAUAUCUCAUGGAGCUUGCUUGAGAAGUGGCGAAGAAGCUCCUGAUGAAACCCGUCAGAAAGAACUUGCUGAUGACUUAAGAGCUCGAGUUGCAGAUGAGCUGUUAAAGAGGCGCGAAGAAACUGAAUGGUUCAUUGAAGGAGAUUUUGAUAUGUAUGUAAAAAGUAUCCAGCAGCCAAAUGCAUGGGGAGGUGAACCUGAGUUGUUGAUGGCUUCACAUGUACUUAGGAUACCAAUAUCUGUCUUUAUGAAGGAGAAGAGCUCAGGUCGCUUGACUAACAUUGCCAGCUAUGGUGAGGAGUAUGAGAAGGAUAAGCAGAGCCCUGUGAAGGUGUUGUUUCAUCGCUAUGGUCACUAUGAUUUGUUGGAGACUUUCUGAGAUGGUAAAUAUCAGAAAAUAGAAAUGUAGAGAAUCGUUAUCGAAGUAAAAGAAGGUUUUGUUAGAUCAGAUAACUUAGUUUUAGCAGAAUGAUUUUGACUGAUGAGAGGUUCAAUUUGGCCAAUCAAGAAUUUUAAAUAAACUCAAUUCUCUGUACUGUCUUACAUUCAAGCAAAGGCUGGUGCUCUGUUUCUAAGAGAAUAGUUUUAUGGUUUACUUUGUCAAUUUCAGUCAAAUACAAUAGUUACUUUUUCC